AUGGAGAUCCGACCAGACAGGUUUAAGGCGGUCGCGGGCAAAACUUUGGGGAAAAUUCACAGGCUGAUUGAGAAACGGCAGGCAAAUGGAGAAACCAUUGAGCUAUCAGCAGAGGGUCGUCCUGAGCUGGUGGAGGAGAAGGAGCUGCCUGUGGUGGAUUGCACCUGCUUCGGCUUGCCCCGGCGGUACAUCAUUGCCAUCCUGUCUGGCCUGGGAUUCUGCAUCUCCUUUGGCAUCAGGUGCAACCUUGGUGUGGCCAUUGUAAGUAUGGUCAAUGACCAUACUGUCUACAAAGGCAACAAGGAAGUACUUGUGGCUGCACAGUUCACCUGGGACCCGGAGACAGUAGGCAUGAUUCAUGGCUCCUUCUUCUGGGGCUACAUUGUCACACAGAUCCCGGGUGGCUUUAUAUGUCAAAAAUUUGCAGCAAACAGAGUGUUCGGCUUUGCCAUAGUGGCCACAUCCACACUCAACAUGCUGAUUCCAUCUGCCGCUCGCUGCCAUUACAGCUGCGUCAUACUUGUCAGGAUAUGCCAGGGCCUUGUUGAGGGUGUAUCAUACCCAGCCUGCCAUGGGAUCUGGGCCAAGUGGGCGCCUCCUCUUGAGAGAAGUCGAUUAGCCACAACGGCUUUUUGUGGAUCCUACGCUGGAGCUGUGGUGGCCAUGCCUUUAGCAGGGAUACUGGUGCAAUACACAGGGUGGCCUUCUGUAUUUUAUGUCUAUGGCAGCUUUGGGAUAUUCUGGUAUUUGUUUUGGAUUCUGGUGUCUUAUGAGAGUCCUGCAGCUCAUCCCACCAUCUCACCAGAGGAGAGGAAAUACAUUGAAGAUGCAAUUGGAGAGUCUGCAACAUUUCUCAAUCCUCUUCAAAAAUUUAAAACCCCAUGGAGACACUUCUUCACCUCCAUGCCAGUCUACGCCAUUAUUGUGGCCAACUUCUGCAGGAGCUGGACCUUCUACCUGCUGCUCAUCAGCCAGCCGGCCUACUUCGAAGAAGUCUUCGGCUUUGAGAUCAGCAAGGUGGGCAUAGUGUCAGCUUUGCCCCAUCUGGUGAUGACAAUCAUCGUGCCUAUUGGGGGCCAGUUGGCCGACUACCUGAGAAGCCACAACCUGAUGUCCACCACCAACGUCAGGAAGCUCAUGAACUGUGGAGGUUUUGGAAUGGAAGCCACCCUCCUGCUGGUGGUGGGCUACUCUCACACAAAGGGUAUUGCCAUUUCUUUCCUGGUCCUCGCUGUGGGAUUCAGUGGAUUUGCUAUCUCAGGGUUUAAUGUCAAUCACUUGGAUAUCGCGCCCCGAUAUGCCAGCAUACUGAUGGGCAUUUCAAAUGGAGUGGGAACAUUAUCUGGAAUGGUGUGUCCUCUCAUAGUGGGCGCCAUGACCAAACACAAGACACGUGAGGAGUGGCAGUACGUCUUCCUUAUAGCCUCACUUGUUCAUUAUGGAGGGGUGGUUUUCUAUGGACUCUUUGCAUCAGGAGAAAAGCAGUCGUGGGCAGACAUAGAAGAUACAAGUGAGGAGAAGUGCGGUAUAAUCGAUGAGGAUGAACUGGCCAAUGAAACAGAAGAGCUAUACCGUGGAGGCGGGCAGUACGGAGCCAUAAGCCAAUCAGGGGCUGGUUUCAAUGGCGGAGGAGGAGGAGGAGCAGGGGGAGGAGGAGCAGGAUGGGUGACAGACUGGGAUAAGUCUGAGGAGUAUGUGCAGCCGCCUGGAUAUAACUCUUACAUGUAUGGAGGAGAAGUGGCGAAGGAGCUCACAUAGAAGACUGACAUGACACAAGUUUUAAAAAAAAAUAACAUAAAUGAAAGAGGAAGGUUGUUUAAGAGAGUCACUGAACGGACCUGCUCUGUGCUUCUGAAAAUGUAUAACAGCACAUAUCAAAAAAAUUGAUUUGCUUCAUUCCACUGUAGGUGUGUGCGGGAGUGAGAGUGUGUGCAGGCAUGUGCAUGCAGAGUGCUUAAAAUACACAAACACAAACAGCUUCCAUUUUCAUCAGAACUCAUCUUACAUCCUGAUCCUGAUGCUCAUUGUGAUUGGUCAGGAGUUUGUGCGUGUGUGUGUGUAUUGUGGGCUUUUGCCUGUAUAGCAACUUGCUGAAGCCACUGGGAUUGUGUUGUGUUUAAUUUUUUAUGUGUGAGUCAUGCAUUUACUUUUAUUUUGCUGGGAAAGCACCUUCAGAGCCUCAGUUUUAAAACCUCAUACUUCUAUUUAUUACAGAAUUUGUUACCAAAUCUAAGCUUUCAAGGUUCAACAGAUACAUCAAACACACACUACCAGCCACAGUGAGUUCAACUUUCAAACUUUCUCAUCAAAGUGAAAAAAAAAGGUGCUUACGUGUUGUAAAGUCAUACAUUUGUAUGUGUAAAGCUGUAAAACCUCGGUGAAAGCAGGUUGCUCUUCACAUGUGUGCUUGACACACAGAGCCGCCUAUAGUGUCUCACUGCAUCUCACCUGAGUCUGACCUAACUAGGUCACGUCCAGCCAGGCUUAUGGGUCACAACAAACCUAUCACCAGGAAUCAUCUGACACUUGCAGCUUUCCAUUCAGUGUGUAUGCUCCCAUCAGAGAGCAGUAGUUAUAAUACUCCCAGGCCUCACAGCACUUUCUGUCUCUGUUCAUGCCUUUUGCUGUUUCUCUGGCUGCCUCUCCCUCCAUUUUCCUCUCUGUCUUCUUCUUUUUCUUCUAAAUAUCAGUCAUGUUUGUGUUGGUAAAGCUGAGCUUUUCAGACCGUCUGUGUGUGGGUGUAUGUGUGUGUUUGUGACAGCAAGUGUGCCGUUGUGUUGGGUGCAGGUGCUGAAACGUUGUGCAGUGAGCAUGUUCUAAUGGACACAGUGGUGCAGUACUGCGCCAACCCUCUUUUUUUUUUAACUUUCUUUUUUUUAUUCCUUUUACACACAAAUAAACACAGGAGGCUAAUUUCAUGCAAGCACAGCCAAAUGUGCAGAGAGAGUGGGACAGGCAUACAUUAUUAGAGAAGGUGUUAAGUUUGGUAAUGGUCACGGCCAAUCACAUCAGCUCCUCUUAUAUCCCUUAAGAGCAGUGUCCCUCUGCCUGUCAGUGCACUGGCAGCUGGGAAAUGGAGUGCACUGUCAUACAGGAGAGGAAAUCUAUUGUACAAGCUGAACAGUGCAACUCUGUGCAGUAGAUAGAGCCAACAGAAUUGGACAAAAACAGUGCGCGCACACACCCACCCACACACAACUCCUACAUUUGUUCGUGCUGACGGACAGAACAUUUAUGGAUGGUACUCAUCGGGUCACGUUUGUGAGAUUAAAAAAAAAAAAAAAACUGCUGGAAUGUUAAAAAGGAUAUAUUUGAUUCACUUGGGGGGGGGGUAGUUUUUAAAUGUGUUGCUAUGUCAAUAAAUAAUUUUUUUAAAAAGUGAAUACAGUGAAUUGCCAUUUUGCUUUGAGAGAGUCUUAAAGAAGUGAAUGAUUAUAACUGUGAACAAGUUCAUUUUGUACGUGUUGUAUCAGUGUAUCUUUGAUCUGCUUUCUUCUUCUUUGUCUCAGUUUAUGGCUGCUCCAAUGUUUUCCUCCCCAUCCUUGAUGAAAUGUGUGGUUACCUGGUGGGCAUUGGUGUAAAAAUUAAAAAAAAAAAAAAAAAAAGGAUCGUAUUUAAAAA